AUGCAGAGUUCAGAUGUAAAUAAUCGAAAUUUGUUCAUUAUCUUCCUCCCCUUCUCUCUCUCUCUAUCGCUACCUACCUACCUAGACCAGCUGUUUUAUCUAUCUAUAUCUAUCUAUCUAUCUAUCUAUCUAUCUAUCUAUCUAUCUAUCUAUCUAUCUAAAAUCAGUCCCUUUACACCUGUUUCCAUGCGUAACUAUUUAUUAUAUAUAUCUAUACGCUUCUCAGGUUCCUCUCACUGUGCUUCUCCCACCAUUUCUCUCUGUCUUGGGUCGAAAGAAAAGGAGCGCUGUCCCUCUGACGUGUUCACUACGUCAUUUACUGUGGAACGCGUAAACAGUGGCGGUAUAAAGACGUCAUUGACGUUGUUCGCUUCAGCGGCCAUAACAGGUACGAAAGUAUCUUCUUCUUGCAUUCUCCGCUUCUUCUUCUUCUUCUUCUUCUUCUUCUUCUUCUUCAUUUAA